CCGCGACUUACGCAACGACCACGCACCCGCCGCCUCGAGCCUCCCGCUCUAUCUGUCCGGUCCUCCCCCUUCCAUAGACAACUUUCGAUUCCUUCACACAGAAAACCGCUUUUUCAACAAUGUCGUACGACGAUCGCGCCAACGCGCACCCCAACCUGGGCGACGAGUCCGAUGUCGAGGAGGAAGCGCUCGUCAACGACUACCGCGAGCAGGUACACUUUGAUGAUGGUUUGAGCGAGUUGGAAGCAACAGCAUCGGUUGGAGGAGCUUCUCAGGCACAGGAUCUGCAGGCACAGCUCGCUGCUGCUGCUACCCCGCUGGAAUACCAGGCCACGUUGGAAACCAAGUUUGCGAGCUACGACAACUACUGCAGUCUCUUCCAUUACAUCCUGAACUCUGAAGGGCCGGUUGAGCUGGAGGUUCCCUCGUACUACUGGGCUUGGGAUGUUAUCGAUGAAUUUAUUUACCAGUUCGAGUCCUUCUGUCGCUACCGUAAUCGUGUGGCCCGUAGCGGCUCCAACGAGGAAGAGGCACAGCUCCUGCGCGAGAAUCCGAACACAUGGGGUUGCUACUCCGUGCUUAACGUUCUCUAUUCACUCAUUCAGCGCUCGCAGAUCAAUGAUCAAUUGGCUGCCAUCAAGCGUGGUGAGGACCCAAUGGCCUUUGCUGGAGAGUAUGGUUCCCGGCCGCUAUACAAGAUGUUGGGAUACUUCUCCAUCAUCGGACUACUGCGCGUCCACUGCUUGCUGGGAGACUUCAGCCUUGCCCUGAAGACCCUUGAUGACAUCGAGAUGAACAAGAAAGCCAUGUUUGCUCGCGUCAUGGCUGCUCACUUCACCACUUACUACUAUGUGGGAUUCUCCUAUAUGAUGCUGCGCCGCUACGCCGACGCCAUCCGUAUGUUCAGCCACAUUUUGGUCUAUGUCUCCCGGACCAAGAAUUUCCACAAGGGCGGCAAUAGCUACGAUGCCAUCGCCAAGAAGAACGAUCAGAUGUAUGCUCUGAUCGCCAUCUGCGUCGCCCUUCAUCCGACUCGUCUCGAUGACACCAUCCACUCCGCCCUACGCGAGAAAUACGGCGAACAAUUCAUCCGCCUCCAGCGCGGCGGCCCCGAGGCUCUGCCUCUUUUCGAGGAGCUCUUCCGCUCCGCUUGCCCCAAGUUCAUCAGCCCGACCCCCCCCGACUUUGAGAACCCGUCCCUUAACGUCGACCCCGUUGACCACCACACCUCUAUCUUCAUGGAUGAGGUGAAAAACACCCUCUUCAACCCCACUAUCCGGUCGUAUCUGAAGCUCUACACGACGAUGGAUCUACAAAAAUUGGCUGGUUUCCUCGAAGUUGAGCCCGAGAAGCUUCGUUCCUGGCUACUGGUCAACAAGCAGCGCAGCCGCCAGGUGCGUUGGGUCGAGGGUGGUCUGCUCGAAGGCGAACCCGUCAUUGCCAACGAGCUGGACUAUGCUCUUGAGGGAGAUUUGAUCCAUGUUAGCGAGACCAAGGCCGGACGCCGCCUUGUUGACUGGUAUCUCAGGAAUCUUGCUAGAGUCUAUUAGGAUUCGGAUUGGAUUGUUCAUAUUAUCCUCGGCCACUAGUUGAGGAAUCCCGAAAAGCAUACAACGUACCCAUUUUGUCCAUCGGGCUGAACAAGCCAUGAUCUAGAUGCUGUCACGAUUGAACGUGCGCGCCUCUGAAAAAAAGUUUGAAGAAGGGGAGACUACUCCUAGAACCACGAGAAGAGAUCUACAGAAUGGAGCAUGGAUGACGAUCACAAAUACCCCCUUCUUGGAGACAUAUCUUGAAAAUAACACAGUUGUAUGAGCAGGACAGAACAGGGCAUGGGGUGAAUGUAAUGAAGCAACGUUUUCAUAAAAAAACAAAAACUCUUUUUUAAGAGUUUCUGUUUCCUCUUCUAUCCGCUGAAUAUGUUUCUUUGUUUAUUCCCCAACAAAAGAGAAGUUAGGCGGACUUGUUUUUAUCAGGGGCGUUCUUGCAUGGAUGUUUUCUUUUUUAAUCUUCUGCUGUGGGGUAGAUUAUUCGACUUCAGUGCUUAGGCUAUCCGAAAGCGUUGAACCAUCCAGAGUACAAUGCAAUAUGAUGUUAAAUAUCAACUAUCAAGAGCAUUCUAGUCUGAACGCGAAGCGCACCUUGUCUCCGAGCCCAAUUCAAAGUACAUCCUUGAUGAAAGCUGACAAUUCUACGCGCCCACAGGAACUUGAUCUUUGUCAGAAGAAAUAACACUCAGCCUCGUUCUGCCUAGCCCUAGCCGUUUCGAUAUGAUUGUAAGCAUCGAGACAGGAAAGCCCAAGC